AUGCAUGUAGACAUUAACCGUGGAUUCGGUGGUGUUGAGAUGGAGGAUUGGUCCGAAGAGUGCAGAUUAUUUAACCUUCCAAAAGAUAUCGACGAAGAUCAAAUCUGCCUCAUGAAGGUUGAGGCGGAAGAAGCCCCCUUCGACCUUCUGGAUGGGAAACGCCAUAGUCGACUCACGCGCGCUCAAAACGUCGUUGCAUUCGUUAUGCACUUUGUCAAGGCGAUACUCGCCAAAGUGAGUACAGAACUUCGUGAUCGAGUCGAAGCAAACAUUCCAGAAGUACAAACAAUGGAGUCAUUCCUAUAUAUUAAUGCUUCCGAAAGAGAAAAUGCAAUGAGCAUUUUUUUCCACAAUCAUUGGAAUGUUUGUUUUUCUUCUACGAAACUUCAUGCUUUGAAGCAACUGAAACUCAAACAAGACGGUCAAAAACUUCUUCGAUGUCAAAGACGAUUGGGAAACUCCAACCUUCUAAUAAACACUCGCCAACCUGUGUUACUCGCUACAAGAACGGACCUCGUCCGACUGGUGGUGGAAGGAGCGCCGUCUCCGCUACACUGUGGAAUAAAUCACAUAAUGGCCCGAGUAAGGGAACGAUUCUGGAUACCCAAAUUACGUCAAAUGGCGCGCACCGUCAUCAAGCACUGCGUUUCCUGUCAGAAGUUGAACAACAUCCCUUACAGGUACCCAGGACAACCUUCCAGAACGACGAGUCAGCCGCGUCAAGUGCUCUUCGGCCUCAUUUGCUCGCCGGUUCUCCUUUCAGGGACAAUCAACUACCAAUUGGAAAACCAUGCACAAAAUAACCACAUCGGCCGAGAAAUCGAAAACAACACCUACAAAGACAAUGUCGUUCUAACGUCGAAAUCAACUGACGACGCAGUGAUGCUCUAUAAAGAGUCAAAAGCAAUCUUCGAAGAAAUGCAGAUGAAUCUCAGAGAAUUCCUAUCAAACGACGGCCAUUUGCGAGGUCAAAUAGCUGACAAAGACUUUAGAGAGAAUCCGAAUCAGAAAACCUUAGGAAUACUGUGGAACUCGACAGAUGACACCCUUCUCCUGGCCUCUAGAUCACAGAUGCGAUGGUCGGAGCCGAUAUCCACCGAAGAACAAGAUCACCAAGAGAAGUAUCUCCGAACGAAGUUCGAAAACUUGUUAAUGAAUUCGACCAACCAGUACGGUUUGGAUACGUCAAGACUGCAGAGAAUUCUACAGACUGUGCAAUAA